AUGCCAGCGAAGCACUCGCGCAGAAGCCAUUCAUUUUUGCACCGUUUCACAGUGAGAAUAUAUUCUCUCUCUACAGAGUUAGAGAGAGAGAGAGAGAGUACAAGGGCAAGAACGACGACGUCAAAUUCCUGCCGCUCCAGUAAUAAAUAAUAAUAUUCGGCUUUCUGCAUUGCAUUGAAAUAUGGUGGAUCAGAACGUUUUGGCAGCCCUUUUUGGGUUUGCCAUUUUUUAUGGGUUUUUGAUAUUCAGAAAAGCUGGUGGCACCCGGAAGAGUUGCUUGCCGGAAGAAACCGCUGCCACCACCGUCAUUGACGGCGGUGAAUGCAGAUCGAAGGACGGAGGGGGAGAAUAUUUUGACGUUAUCAUUGUUGGUGCUGGCGUCGCUGGUGCGGCUCUGGCUCACACUCUUGGAAAGGAUGGGCGUCGGGUGCGAGUAAUUGAGAGAGACUUGACUGAGCCCGAUCGAAUAGUGGGAGAACUGUUGCAACCAGGUGGAUACCUCAAACUGAUUGAGUUAGGACUGGAAGAUUGUGUGGAGCAAAUUGAUUCCCAGAGGGUGUUUGGAUAUGCUUUAUUCAAGGAUGGGAAGUCCACGCGACUUUCUUAUCCUUUGGAAAAGUUUCACUCUGAGAUAUCUGGGAGGAGCUUUCACAAUGGACGCUUCAUACAGAGGAUGCGCGAAAAAGCUGCAUCUCUCCCCAAUGUGCAAUUGGAGCAAGGUACUGUCGCAUCUCUGCUUGAAGAUGAGGGAACUAUUAGAGGUGUACAAUACAAGACAAAAUCUGCUGAAGACCUGAAAGCUUAUGCACCUCUGACCAUUGUAUGUGAUGGCUGCUUUUCCAACUUGCGACGUUCCCUUUGCAACCCGAAGGUAGAUGUGCCUUCUUGUUUUGUUGGGCUGGUGCUGGAGAAUUGUCAACUUCCUUUUGCAAACCACGGGCAUGUAGUUUUGGCAGAUCCAUCUCCAAUCUUGUUUUACCCCAUCAGUAGCACUGAGAUCCGCUGUCUGGUUGAUGUUCCUGGUCAAAAGGUGCCUUCUGUAUCAAAUGGUGAAAUGGAAAAAUAUUUGAAAACCGUAGUUGCUCCCCAGGUCCCUAUCGAACUGCGUGAUGCAUUCAUUUCUGCAAUUGAGAGAGGAAACAUUAGGACAAUGCCAAACAGAAGCAUGCCGGCUGCUCCACAUCCAACUCCAGGGGCUUUGCUUAUGGGGGAUGCAUUUAACAUGCGCCACCCCUUGACAGGUGGAGGAAUGACUGUAGCAUUGUCUGAUAUUGUUGUACUACGCAAUCUUCUUAGGCCACUGCACGAUUUGAAUGAUUCAAGUACUCUGUGCAAAUAUCUCGAGUCUUUCUACACCUUGCGGAAGCCUGUGGCAUCCACUAUCAACACAUUGGCAGGUGCCCUUUACAAGGUAUUCAGUGCUUCACCUGAUAAAGCACGGAAUGAAAUGCGCCAGGCAUGCUUUGAUUAUUUGAGCCUUGGAGGCGUUUUCUCAGAUGGCCCAGUGUCUCUGCUCUCAGGGUUGAACCCCAGGCCACUGAGCUUGGUUUGCCAUUUCUUUGCAGUGGCAAUUUAUGGUAUUGGCCGUUUGAUGCUGCCUUUUCCUUCGCCUGGACGUAUAUGGAUUGGUGCUAGAUUGAUUUCAUUUUGUUAAAAUCAGAGUGCAUCAGGAAUAAUCUUUCCAAUUAUCAAGGCCGAAGGAGUAAGGCAGAUGUUCUUCCCAGCAACAGUUCCUGCAUAUUAUCGAGCUCCACCUAUUAAAUAAGCUUUGUUAAAGCCGAAGUCUGGAGGAGAGUGCGAACUCAACAAAAAUAUGUCAUAUUGUGUCGAUUUCAUUUCUCGACUUCAGGAGUACAAACUUUUUCCUUGUACAUUUUUAGUUUUGCCUUCAAUGACAUGAACAUUAAAAUGUGUGGUGAUGGAGACUGCAUGGUUAGCGAUUCUGUAGAAGUUAAAUCAUUUUAGCCCAUAUAACCCGUUUGACAUUCGACCUUUUUCGUUUUCUAUUAUCACACGUUUUCUAUAACGUGAAAUUGCUA